AGUCAAGACGAAAGCAUUUAUGAUGUGUUUAUGAAUUUAAUACCGGAUAACAUAAUUGCGGCCACAUUUACGACACACUACACAGCACUGGUAGCCCUCGACCCCCACAACCUGACCCUGGGUUACAAGAAAGUGUCCGAACGGGCCUUUAAGCCAAAUAUGUUGGGUUUGUGUGUAUUCUCACUAAUACUGGGUUUUGCUGUUUUGCACUUGGAUUCAAAGGCAGACACUAUUCGCCAGUUAUUACACGAAACCAACGCUAUUUGCAUGAGAAUACUAUUGACAUUAAUCAGCGCACUAACAUUACCAGUUACUAUGAAAUGUAUGGAAGAGAAAAAUAAACUAUCACAAACUGUAUCGCAGUUUGUAUUACCCCUGGCAAUGACCAUGCACAUGCCAGGUGCGGCCACAUAUUACCCCAUGGUUAGUUUGUUUGUGGCACAAAUGCACGGCAUGACCAUCACGUUUCAGAUGACAAUCAGCCUAGUUGAAGGCAUACGAACGGCGACUAAUAUCACCGGCGAUUCAAUAAUACCCUAUUAU